AUGCAACAAUAUUCUUCUUCAUAUCAUAAUAAUGAUAGAAAUGAAGACAUAUUUAAUCACAAUCACCACACGAAUGCCAAUGAACAUCGAAGUAACACAUCAGAGGAUGUAAAACUACGACGAUCAAAUGUUGAUCACGAUACAAAUCCAAUAUUACAUCGAGCUUUGUCAACCGUUUCAGCGAAUCAGACACUUGUAGAUAAUCAACGAAAUGCUUUAGCAAAUAAUUAUCGUCGUACAUCAAUCAAUGAUGAAAUCGUUACGAUUGAUCAUAACGAUGCCGAAGCUUCAUUCAUUUUGCCAAAUUUAUAUGAAUUACCAGAAGAUAUUCGAGUUCGUGUUAUGGAUAGUCUUGUCGAUACACCAACGAUGGUUUCAUUGGAAGAAACAAAGCGGCUGAAUUGGUGGGUUAACAAGAAACUUCCUUGCCCAAAAUUAUAUCCAUUGGUAACGACUGGAGAUGGCAAUUGCUUAUUACACGCUACGUCACUUGCUAUGUGGGGUUUUCAUGAUCAUUCGUUGUCAAUGCGGAAAGCAUUGAAUGAAACAUUAAUCACCUCGAAGCCGAAUAGUUCUCUCUAUCGACGGUGGCGUUGGGCACAAUCAGUACAAAAUAAAAAAUACGGUCUUGUUUUUUCUGAACAAGAAUGGAGUGAAGAAUGGAAAAGUUUAUUACGAUUAUCGUCCGCUGAACCACGUACAUCGCAAACGAAAUCAUCCGAUUGCAAUCCUUCGAAUGACGAACUCGAUCUAUCGAAAUCGACUGAGAAUAAUAAUGGGAGUGCAAUUAAACCUCUAUCGCAAUCACCUCGACAAUAUUAUGAAAGUUUAGAAGAAUUUCAUGUUUAUGUGCUUGCGAAUAAUAUCCGUCGGCCAAUUGUUAUUUACUCAGAUACAAUCUUACGUACGAAUGACGGUGAAGCUAUUUCACCGAUCGAAUUCGGCGGAAUCUAUUUGCCACUAGAAAUUCCACCUGACAAAUGUCAUAAGCAACCAGUAUUCUUGGCAUUUGAUGCUGCUCAUUUCUCAGCGUUAGUGCCCAUGGAACAAAGUGUGAAAUCAAUGUCAAAAAUCACAUAUCGAAUACCAUUGAUCGAUAUUGAAACACUCGAUUUACUGCCCAUCCAUUUUCUCAUUGAUCCCGGUCUAAAUUUUCAAUGGCCUAUUGACGAAGAAUUAUCCGACGAUAAAAUUCAUCUUUAUCCAAAUUAUGAAGAGAGUCGAAUGGACGUUCUGGAAAAAUACUUAUAUCUUUCAAAAGAAUAUUCCUCGAUGAGCAAUCCCACUUCUCAGGCAUCAACAACGACGAUUAUGAGUACACAUGAGAAUCUACCGGCAACUGAGGAAAACGUAGACUCGUCUAAUGAAGUUACACCAACACCAACAAUUCCGAAUAAGAAGUUAUCUCGUUCGUCGUUCAAUUCUUUUUCGAAAAUUAUCCGUCGAACAUUCAUUCAUCCAUUUUCUUCCGCGAAACGAGCAUCGGUAAAAAACCAUCAAAGUCAAACCUCAACUUCCUCGAUUAUCAGCGAGAAUAUCAAUGAACGACGUAAAUCAUCACCACUGUUCAAUCGUCAUACACAAAUUCUUACAAUUAUCGUCACGAAUUUUCAACCUAAACAACCCAAAGCAUGUGACAAUAUGAUUAAAAACUAUAUCGACGCGUGUAUGAACGAAUACAAUCUCGAGAAAAACCAAAAACAGCUUGAUAAUGAAAAUGAUUAUGAUCUCGUAUCGAAAUCCAAUAAUCAUCAUUCAAACUGGACAGAUUCUUCGUUAUCGAAUUCUCCGCUCGUUGUCUAUCAUCGACAUUAUCCAUCAUCGUCCUCCAUCAAUCGAUAUCAGCAUAACGUUGCUCCAACAAAUGUCAAUGAGAAAUUAUUUGAAACAGGAAUUAAGCAUAAAUUACCACAAAUACCGUCAAAUUCCUCCAAUCGAUCGGUUGUCUUAACUCGAAUUGUACAAAAGAAUUCUGAUAUUGACGAUUCAGAAGACUCUCUACCGAUUGAAAAUGGUCAAUUUUCUACAAAUAUCAAUUAUGUUCAACGAAAAAGCAAUCCACCUUUCACACGAAAUAAGACUCACGAAUUGAUAUCAAACCUUUCCCAUUAUCCCGAAUCUCAGAUCAACGAUGUUUCAAAUAAAGCUCUUCCUAGUCAAAAAUUAAUCUCAUCUUCGUUGAAGCGCCAGCAAUCAUCAAGUUCUGAUAAAAAUUCAACUAAUCUUAACCUUAUCGACUAUACUCUCUCACCUUCGCCAACAACAACAUCAACAACAGUCACGAAUAUAAACAAACGUACUCAGCAAUUGAAUACUUCAUCAAAUCUUGUUCAUCAUAAACGUCUCUAA